UAGAUGCAUGUGUUAUUAUAUGUAGUAAAAAUCUGAAGUUUAGUAAUCAUUCGAUUGUAAUUAUUUUCAUUUUAUUCAUUUGUUCGGGUAUAUUUUUCUUUGUACUAAUUAUAAUAAUUGAGAUACGAUAAUGGAUACUUUUGCAAAGAUUGACUGGUAAAAUAAUUACUGAAUUAACGCUUUGACUUUUCUAUGCAAUUAUAUGCAAUAUACAUAUUGAUAUAUACCAAUAUGGAUAUGUAGGUAGAAAUGAAUGUAAAAGCGAUGCAAGCGUAGGUGUAUUCGAGAUGCGCACGAUCAGAUGAACAGGGAAACGCGUCGACGCAGAAGGGGAGACGUUAAAAGUGGUAGGGGGUGAAUGGUGAAGGGUGAAUCGAAGCGAUCAAAGGUGGUGGGUUAACAGCAAGUAGUCGGUUGUUAGCCGGUGGUAAUCGCGAUAGCGACGUCACAGGGUAUAAUGUUAUGUCGAAUAAAUAAAGUGUAAUCGUAAGCAAUCGUACGUAGAAAAUCUAGACGAGAACUAGUUUUUAUAAUGGAGCUGCGCGAAGUGAAUGAAAUGUUCGAUGGCGUGGAAGAAACGACCGAACUUUUGUCACCGUCUCAUCGAGAUAACGUGGAAAUCGAGAGUUAUUUUAUUCAAUACGCUAUUCAAAAAGAAAUGAUAAAUCGCAAUCGAUGUACCGCUAGUCGUCGUUUGCUCAGUCAGACUGCUCAUUUGGCAGACUUUAAUCUUGCCAAUGGUAAUCAUCAAAAGGACACACCAUCAUGCGUUGGCAUCAGUAUGAUUCACACGUCGAACGCAAACUGGCCUCCUUCAAGAAAAAGAGAAGAGGCAAAAGCAUUGGAGAAUCUUAGGAAACGAGUAGAACAAUCGAAAUUAUAUAAAGCGAAUCGAAUCACAGACACUUGCGAGUCAACUUCCGCUUCUUUGACGAGUAACGAUCACGUACGGCAGCUCGAUAAUCGACCGAAACUGUUAAAAAAGAUCCUGAGUAACAGGCCAAUGAGUAUCGCACAAGAUGCUAACGAUCUGGAGACCGACUGGCGGGAUAGCGAAUUUAUUACCGAAUGUUUAUGCUGGCACAAUGUUUAUCGACAAAGACACAACGCGUCUCCCCUAACUAUGUCGCCGCAGUUAUGCGAAUACGCUCAAACCUGGGCAAAUCACUUGGCGCAUACAAACACAUUUUACUAUAGAAACGAUCGAGAAGUGGGACAGAAUCUUUAUUGUCGGCCCGGAGGUGCUGUUCCUACCGAUGUAACUGGACAAGACGUUGCGUCGUAUUGGUACUCGGCGGUGAAACAGUACGAUUUUUUAAAAGAACCGGAUGUUCUUCAUGCCAACGUAAACGCAGGUCAUUUCACCCAAUUGAUUUGGGCGAGUAGUCGUUAUUUUGGUGUUGGGAAAGCUCGUAGCAGAAGCGGUAAAGUCAUCGUGGUAGCCAACUAUCAGCCCGUUGGUAAUAUAUCAGGACAAUUUCAAAACAACGUACUACCUCCUUUACCAGAUAACGUUAAUGUCGCUUUGUCUUCGCUACCUCCGCAACCGUCUGCGAAAAUAUUUCGCGAAGAUUACGUAACAUCGGAUUCACCGCCACCCGUUUCGUCUUCCGUACCGUUCUCGGACACAGCAUCGACCGAUAGCGAUCGCUCUUCCGUCAGUUCCACGCAAUAAUACAGACGACCGAAUUGCCUUUUCUGCGUUUGCACGCGUCGAUGGGACAGACGUUGAUCGAUUUUCACUUCCCCGCUCUCGCUCUCUUUCUCUCUUGCUCAUUUAUUAUGUACACUCGAUCAUCUCUCGUUUUCUUCAUUUAUUCUUUCUCACCUUUUUAUUAUACGUAAGUUUCAAUAAUACAUAUAUUGUCUAGACUUUUAUUUUUUUUAUUAUCUAGGCUAGUAUUAUCAAUACGAACGCACACGAUGUGUCUGCCAACUGUUUUAAUACGGAUUGUAAAAUAUAAUAACACCGAAAGGACGAAAUACGCUUACACGGUGCAUCUAAAAUCUAAAUUAAAAAUAAAUUCAUGCAACAUACUAUACAAUAUAUGUAUGCAAGUGUAGAUAAAAUAAAUGAAAUUAAUGUACGGUGGUAUUGAAUUGACGUUCGAUCGAGCCUCUAUUCGCGCGUUGAAAGAACAAAAUAAGAUAGAUUACAGAUAGGGGAGAAGAGAGAAGAGAAGAGAAGAGAAGAGAAGAGAAGAGAAGAAGAAUUAUUAUUGGUUUAAAUAAUCGCGUGCAUACUUCGUAGAACAGGCAUACAACAAAAAUAGAAAUGAUUAACGAUCAAUGAUAUUAUUAUAUUUUAAAUCGGCGAUUGUCACGUCGAUAAUGUUGACUCUUAAAAACGUUAGGUGCUACUAUACAGUUGCGUUUCAAUUUUACAAGUGCUUUACAAACUUUGAAUAAUCUGAGAGCUUUUGCAAAUUGUGUGAUAGAUUGCGAGAAGCCUAUUUGUUAUACGUAUAUAUACAUACUUAAAUAUACAUACAUAUAGCGUAUUACGAACUGGAUGCGAUCGUUAACUAUUCCAUAUACGUUAUGUAUGUAUUAUGAUGUACCAUACCGUUCGAAACAAUCAAGUUACGUUUGAAUGGUUGUCUAUCGAAUAGACGAAUUACUGAAAGUAGUUCAGCCAUCCUUCUAUUAUAUUACUGUUCUCGUAAAGUUAGUAUUGUUAAAAAUCUGAAGUAUCCUCAAGUAUAGAUGAUAUUCUAUACUAUACAUACUAUAGUACUUACCUACGUUUGUACAUUAAUACCUUAGUGCGUUAGUACGUAUACACAUAUAGAUACAUGUACGUAUGCGUCAAUUCUUAGCACCUUUGUGCUUGUAGUUUUACGUUAUCGUCGUUGAAGCGACGUUCUUGAAAUUGCAACCCGUUAACAACGCCUACUGUAUGUAUUUAUCUUCUCUAUACGAUAAGAAGUAACUUGUAAGGUUACGCGUUACAUUGCUUCGGUUGUGCGUAUUUGAUACACGCGCGUUGUUGUUUCGAUAAGAAAUGUUAAACGAUAUUUUUACUUUUGACACAAUUACGAUACGCUCGUUAGGUAACUAACAGAAUGGAUGAAGGAAAGAAUUUGCCUAACUGACAUUUUCCUACGACAUAGGAUCACUUUUCGAUCCAGUCUUUUCCAUUCAUCAAAGAAGAGAAUUAUAAUUUAUUGUUAAAAAUAAUAGCGAAAAAUAAGAGAAUAAUAAUAUCGAUGUCACACGGCUUAAAGAAAAUACCUACAAUUAUUAUAGACAUGUUUGUGAUUUUGCUACUAAUAAGGGACUCGAUAGCAUAGAAAAAGUUGAAUCGCCUAAUUUAUUCUUUGUAAACGGAAGAAGAAUUCUGUUAAAGAUCAAUCAUUACACGGAAGUUUGAGAUUUACCACUAAUUAUGGCAUUUGUCUGAAACGUUUCUUCACUUUUUAUGUGGAUAACAGGAUUAUAUCCUAGCAUGACAGCAUUAUAUCCUAGCAUGAUAGGAUUAUGUCAUAGCAUGACAGGAUUAUAUCCUAACAUGUUAGGAAUUAGUCGUAAGACGUUAGGAAAUAAUCCUAACAUGCUAGGAACCCAAUUGUAACCCUAACCGUUACAUCGUAGAAAAUUAUCCUAACAUGGUAGGAACCCAAUCGUAACCCUAACCGUUACAUGGUAGGAAAUGAUCCUAACAUGGUAGGAACCCAACCUUAACCCUAACCCUAACCCUAACAUGGUAAGAACCCGACGUUAACCCUAACCCUAACAUGGUAAGAAUCCAACCUUAACCCUAACCGUAACAUGGUAAGAACCCAACCUUAACCCUAACCGUUACAAGGUAGAAAAUUAUCGUAACAUGCUAGGAACCCAACCGUAACCCUAACCGUUACAUGGUAGAAAAUUAUCCUAAGAUGCUGGGAACCCAAAAGAAACACUAAUAUUUCGACGAAUUUAGAAUAUCGAUGGCAUUCCGAUUUCAAAAAGUUGGAACAAACAGUUUUGGCCCAUUUUAUGGAAAUUAGUAUGAAACAAUUGUACGGUGUCUCCUUUUCCGAUAGCAAUAUAUUAUGGUAAUGCAAAACCGAACUUGAAUGAUUUUAUACGUGAAUCAAAUGAUAUUUUAGAUGAGGGAUUAUUUUACAAUAAUACUUAUUUUAAAGUAGAUGUAAUAUGCGUUACGUGUGAUGCACCUGCAAGAGCAUGUUGAAAAAAUCUGAAGGGACAUAAGGGUCGCAAUAGCUGUGAAAGAUGUACAGAAGCGGGUACAUGUUAUAAAAAACGAAUUAUCUAUGAAAACCAUAAUGCUAGUGUUCGGACACAUUCUGAUUUUGAAAACUUCCGCGACAUGAACCAGCAUCAAAACAAUAAAAGGAUCGCUUUAUUAAAUCAAUUUUGGCCGUAAAGUAUAUUUGGAUUUUAUUUGGUUGAACGAUCACACUCCCGAUGAGAGAAGAAAUGUAUCUCGCCCGUUACAUUAUAAAUAGCUAUUUUCCUAAGCAUGCUAUCAUCUAAUAUGGACGACGGUAUACUAUUAACUGUAAAUUUGCACCGGACCAUGGGAUAAAUCAUCUAGUUACGCUCCCCAAGGAUGUUAUUGAAAAGAGCAUAUCGCAUUAUACAAGAGCAAGGUGCAAUUUUGUCCGAUUCCGAUUCUGCGAGUGAAAGGUGUAACUGUGGCAAGAAGAAGAAGGCAAGCUGAAGAUAA